GCCGCGCGAGCGUGAUGAGCAAGCAGACCAACUACCACAUCAAGAAGGUUGGCGCCUUGUUGCUCUUGCUCUUGGUGUCUUCGAUUGCAGUAGUAGGCCUGGCAUUCUUGGUGAGUCUAUUGGUGGCGCCAAUUAUGGUUCGAAGCUGAAAGCUUACAAUCCAAGCUAGUAGAGGGGUUAUUUGUUAUAGAAAGACUGCCCCCAUCAGUAAGCAGAUGGGGGACUGGCUCUCUUGAUGUGAUCUUCGCGAGUGAUAACUAAGGCGCUCGGGAUGGGAAAAUGGGGCCUCUUGUUGAUCUCUCACCUUCAUUUGAUAGAUUAGCGUCAACUUCCUGACGCCUCCGCCUCUUCUAACAUCCGUGGCGCCGCGCGCAAUGGUACAACCGCUGGGCCUCAACAUCCAGCCGUUCGCGCUCGUCUUGGUCGCGCUUUUUCUACCUCUGCAAGCAACAGCUCUGCAAUGAGCACCGUGACGGCGAUGGAUGA